GAAAACUGACGUCAGUGGAGUCGAUCGGUUCGUGACGGAGGAGGAGGGACCACAGACCGACUUGAUCCCACGUGUGACGGAGCGCUGCAUUCCCGGCUCGUUGACACUGUAGCUCCGCUCCAACUGCCGACCUACCGUCUGUGUGUAUCCGUUAGUCACUGCCUGCAGUUGGGUUAGAUAUGGAAGGAGACGGAAGCCAAGCCACGUCUGGAAGCCCGACUGAUCCGCAGCACGACCCGGGGAAAAUGUUUAUCGGUGGCCUCAGCUGGCAAACUUCUCCAGACAGCCUCAGAGAUUAUUUUAGUAAAUUCGGGGAAAUCAGAGAAUGUAUGGUGAUGAGAGACCCUACGACAAAACGUUCCAGGGGCUUUGGCUUCAUCACUUUUGCAGAUGCUGCCAGCGUAGAUAAAGUCUUAGCACAGCCACACCACGAGUUAGACUCUAAAAUGAUUGACCCUAAAGUUGCCUUUCCUCGACGUGCUCAGCCCAAGAUGGUCACAAGAACAAAGAAAAUAUUUGUAGGAGGAUUAUCAGCCAACACAGUAAUUGAAGAUGUGAAGCAGUAUUUUGAACAGUUUGGCAAGGUAGAGGAUGCCAUGCUAAUGUUUGACAAAGCCACCAACAGACAUAGAGGUUUUGGCUUUGUAACAUUUGAAAUUGAGGAUGUGGUGGAGAAAGUCUGCGAGAUCCAUUUUCAUGAGAUCAAUAAUAAAAUGGUAGAAUGCAAGAAGGCCCAGCCUAAGGAAGUGAUGUUUCCUCCAGGGACGCGAGGUCGAGCCAGGGGUCUACCAUACACAAUGGAUGCCUUCAUGCUGGGCAUGGGCAUGCUAAGUUAUCCUAACAUUGUAGCUACCUACGGCAGAGGCUACACUGGUUUUGCCCCAAGUUAUAGCUACCAGUUCCCUGGGUUCCCAGCUACAGCGUACGGACCGAUGACAGCAGCGGCGGUAGCAGCAGCUCGUGGCUCAGGGUUCCCUGAUUAUGGGUUGUAUUCUGCGGCCGGGGCCGGCGGUGACGUGCGGGGAGGAACACCCUACUCCCUGGCUGACUAUGGCUCCCUGGGGGCCCAGGCGGCUGCUCAAAUCCUGCCUAGUGAGCAUGCCAGCUCCGCCUGCAACUCUCGCACCUCCCUCCAGCACCACCUGCACAGCCCGGACCCUUUUAAGAGCCCAGUAACCAACCCAACUCGGCCUGGAGCCUUUCCUGGUGCCAACAGUCCUAGUCCUGUAGCUGACCUCUAUGGAACCACCAGUCAGGAGUCUGGUGUUGGAAACUAUAUCAGUGCCACCAGCCCUCAGCCAGGCUCUGGCUUCAGCCAUAGCAUUGCUGUGAUGCCAUCCAGCACUAACCACUACAGCAUCCAUGCAGGGAACCAGGGUGGAGGUGGCGCCAGAUGAAGAACAGCUCGAAAACAAAAGCCCAAAAUCAUCGCAGAAGAAAAGAUGACAGCCUGCUCUACUGUAAAGCCUGAGCUGCUAUUGAGAUCCGUCCGACUGUACUGUAGUCCGGUAUCAUUGUGUAGAGAUUUGCUGGUUUAGAUUUUACUUUUGAUGAUUUUUUUUCUCAAUUUAAAUUGCUUUUCUUGAAUUAUGACCUUUUUUUGUCUUGCAUUUUAAAUCAUUAAUGAAAAAUUAUUUUUGAGUAUUUAGUUCUGAUUAUUUUAUGUAUAGAUUUGUUUCUUUUGAUCGUCGCGUGAAAAAGCAAUGUACAUGUCACUGCAAAUUUUGUGUGUGUGUCUGCUGAGACACUAUAGACACUUGUCUUUCUUUGUCUUUGAGUGAUUGAAAGGUUGUCAAUUUGCACAUACAAAGACAUCUGAUGUUAACCAAUGUGGCUCAGUGGAGACAGUAUUGGUCCAUCAAAACAACACAAGACACACCAAUAACACUUAGUAGCUUCGGUUCUAGCAAUGUUGUCACUAAACAUACCUAUUUUUGGCAAUAAGAGGACUACAAUAUUUUCACAGUCCUGUUUUAUAAAUGUUUGGUUGUAGGGAAAAAAAAAUAGAAAAAGCUAUCCUUUUAAUACUAUGUCAGAUUUCAGACGAAGUGUAUGACUGUAAGUUUAGUCCCAGUCAUUUCAUAUAGUUGUAUAGAGAGGCACAGACAUAUUUUUGUGAUGUGAUGGCUGAUUAGGUGAAGAGGCCACAUCACACUGGAUUGGGCGGAUGUCAACUGUGCUACCAGAGUCCCAUCCAUCGCACAAUGCCCGACGAAAAAAUAAUCCCAUGACAGAUCUAUAUAUAGUCUUUGCUUCUCAACUGUGGCUAAUUCAAUGCCAGCAUAUUUGUCAAAGUCAGGAGCUACAUUGUACCUGGUUAGAAAAAGACAAUUCACGGUUGUUGUUUUCACACAAACAUCUGUGGAGCUUUGCUCUGUGACACACUGCUGACAGGUUCCUCUUUCAUUCUCUAUAUCUCAGUGACUCUGGAGUUUAGUAGCAUUAAAGGAAUUCAAUCCAAAUCACACGUGAUGGUUCUGGGAAUACUAGACAGAUUGGUUGUGUCCUCAUAUUUGCAUGAUGUUUGUUUAAUACACUCUAAUUGUCUUUACAUGUCCGGUGUCACACAAAAGGCAAUAUUUCAAGUCUGAAAUAUAUUUCUGGUAACUUGUGUUUCUUUCCAAGGAGGACGAAGUGCAGCAGAUAAGUGUUGCUUAUUACCUCAGUCCCCUGUGAGAGCUCAUUUAAAAAUGGGAAAAAAUAGGAAAAAUAACUGGCUAACAAAGUGUAGUUGUUGCACCGUGAUUAGCGGUGAGGCUGAAAGCAGAUUUUAUUUGCACAUUAGUUGUCUCUUUGAGGUGGACUCAGUGAUGUGAAGGGUUUUUAUUUAUGGCUCAAUUUUGCUCAGUCUAACCUGUCAGGACAUUUUUGUUUUACUAUUUUUAAAUUUUGACAGUUGCCAAAUAGCCUCCACCACUGGUUGAUCCGUCAUCACUACAUACACACACAUUUUCAUACAAGCAUUACAAAAAAACAUAAAGGAAAAAUAGGAAUGUUAUCUAUAAUUUCAUGUAAAUAGGAAUUUGCUAUAACUAAAGCAUCAAUUUUUCUUUUAAAGUUUGGAAUGGUUUAUGAAUUGAUAAAUGUAUAUCCUGUUUUUCUUCCCCUCUAUGCUGAUACAGACAUUUUACAAAUUACUUUUACAAACAGUGGGAAGCUGAAUGCUGGACUGUUUCUAAAAUGGGGACUUCAAGUAAUAAUCAAAUAAUGAAAAAAAAUGUGUAUAUGGUUAAUUAAGAAGAGAAACAUGUAUGUUCCCUUGUAUGGUUUACAUUUCUAAGAAGGAUUUGUAUCAAUAUUUUUGUGGUUGUUAAUGAUUAUAUGAAUAAUAUCUAUAAAACUAACAAUAAUCAUAUUAUGUCCUGUACAUCCAUCCAGUUCUCUCUCCAUUCCCUGUCAUCCUCUACAAUAAUCUUCAGUUGAUCAUUAAUGUAUUUCAGUAAUGUAUACAAAAGAAAAUCCAAUGACCUUAUGUAGGAGUGCUGUCUUUGAUACCAGUGUAGUGGUCUAUACACAGAUUUGCUAACCUUUAAAACUGUCACUCUCUUCGUCUCUCGUAUCACUCUUUCUCCCAGUAACUAGUGAUAGAUGUUCUGUAGUUACAAUAGACACUAUUAGCUUGUGCUCAUUAGAUGAUGUAGGACCAGUGAGGAUUGAACUUUCUGAUUUUCCCAUCUGGGAAAAAAAGCUGACAUUGGUUUCACUUGUAUUUUUCUGUUGACUUUUUGUUCUGUGCUGCUCUCAAAUGGUUUUAACAAACCAAAGCUCUCUUUGAAAACAUUUGAAGGACAACAUGUUGUAAUUGGUUCUCGUAAACAAGGCAUUAAUUGGAUUACCACCCUUGAAUGUUUUAAAUAGGGGGUGUGCCAUACUACCUUAAAUGCUAAUGCUAGAUAUGCAAAACACUUUGAUUUGUUAUAAUUUGACGAGAGGUGGGAUUUUAUUACACUGAUGAAACAGAUAACAUAUUUUUAUAUAGUUACAACAGAUUCACGACAAUAACAAUAAUAACAUAAAUGACUAUUAUAAAUAUCAUUAAUCUGAACGCUAUGUUUUAAUAUUUGUACUCUUGAAAUAUCCCAGUGGCCCAUGGUACUACUAUUUUUGAAUGCUGUUUUUUUUUUACUUGCUAACUUCAGUAAUGUACAUUUUUUUUGAACACCUAAAUGUUUUUUUGUUUACUCUUGAUUCAUGGAAACAGCUCAUACUUUAAUCAGUGUUAGACUACAAUCACAAAAGCUUGCUUUCCAGUUGCCUGCUGCACAAGAUGCUACUCAUCUAAUUUUGACUAAUAUACUUAAACAGCCUUAGAAACUUGCAAUAACUUUGCAACUCUUUCCUGGACUUGCAGCAGUGCAAAGAUAACUGUGUUGUAUCUGAAUAGAACUGGUAGACAUUAGGAUGAGAUGAAACUCUCUUCCAUAUGUCCACCAUAGUUGUUCAUAAUAAAUCUGUUUAUAUAUCAAGGAAUUGCUUUGGACUUUUGCCAGAAGCUAUAAGAGCAAUGCCGGAGACAGAGAGAUAGUCAAUACUCAUCACCUCACAGUGCAGCCUACAAAAUAUGUUCAUAUGCCACUACUUUGACACUACUUUGCAUUAGCGAAUAAUGUUUUUAUGGGGACAUACUGUACCUGUAUAAUGCCAGAUUAUGGCGUUCAAGUAAAACCAAAUUAAUUCUAUUCAUACAGCCCAAAAUCACAAAUUAUACACUUGUCUCUGAAUGCAGCAUAGUGGUACGCACAGCGAGAAGAGGAAGGGUUUGAACCUGCCUGCCAGCUGGAGCCUUUCUGUGUGGAGUUUGGAGUUUGCACGUUCUCCCUUGUGUGUGUGGAGGGGGCUCCUCUGGGCUCUCUGGGUUUCUCCCACAUUAUAUGCAAAACAGCCUACUACCAAACUACCAGCCUUUCCCCCAUUCUUUACAUCAUCCCAUCAUAUUUCUGUACAUGGCAGCUGAAUUAUGGUUCAUUUCUUAGAAAAAUUGUGGUCUUGGUUAAAUAACACAAAUGUCCUCCAAAUUUAAUGACAAAAUAUGUCGUUUUUAACUGCCUUCUAGAAUGACACAUAGAGUUUUCUGAUCUUAUGCCUGUAUCGACAGGACAUCAUUUGUCUGUGUCUUACAAGACUGUUAUAAAUCACUGUGGGAAAAAUAAAUCAGUCUAAGAUCUGACAAUGCUAUGCUUAAGGUUUUGGUUAGAUUUAGGCUCAAACACAUCUUGGUUAGAAACAUUGUGGUUUGGGUUAAAAUGACCUCUUCAUUAAGGCUAGGGGACAUGGUUAAAGGAAGGCUGUAUUGACUGUUAAACAAAUCUCUGUUUUUGUCUACAGUGAUUUUUUGAAUUAAAGUCCCAAUUUUUGUUGACUGAUACAUCCAUCCAGACCUCUCCCUGCAGUUUUGUUGUUCUAUACCAUCACCCCAACUUCUGUCUUUGCUCCCAAUGGACAACAGUCAUAUUUACUGCAGCUGCUAGAAGGCUGUAACAUUUGAAUGUAAACGUGUCUUUUUUGGGCAUUUUCUGUCCCUUUUCUUGGGAGGACAACCUCUAUGGACUGCUCCACCUAGGCUGCCAGGGGAGGGUCUGAACAGAAGCAAAAAUCAAAGUUCCACCAUGUUUUUUCCUACUACAACAUAACUCAAUACAUUGCCUGAAACGGCAGGUCUUUCUUGUGUCAAAUACAGAUUUUCCUGUGACACAUUUCAUGUGAUACAACAAGCUGUAACAUCAAAAGCUCAAAGUGUAGCUAGAGGCACUUGUUUGUUCAUGUAGUGUAUGUUUGGUUAAGUUUUACUGCUUUAUAUGAGUAUCACAAUGCUUCCAGCUCUGGCACUUAACAGUGCCACUGAAUGUGAAUUUGUUAAUGCAACGUACAGUAGUUUCAUAUGAACAUACUUUUUGGACAGGUAUGUAUAGAAGCACCUCAUAGUAACAUGAGUGGCAUUAGAAGGAAUCAUAGCAAAAAACACAGUGUUUUAUUGUACGUGGCUCAGCUGACUUCAUGAGUGAUGGGCCUGUCCACUGCCUCUAUAGCAUAGCUAUAACCUGAGGUUUGGAAAAUACAAGGAUUUCUAUGUAGUGCAGUACUGUGCCUAUAUAGACACUGGUGAGGGAGUUUAUUGUGCGACUGUUUAAACGAUGUUAGCAAAUCUUCCACUGAUGCUAUAUAUCCAUAUAGCUACAAGGAAUUACAGUACACAGGAACAUAGUUUAAGGUGGUCACAGAGAGUUCAUCACAUCUGGUUUUACAAACAGUCUGAUUCUGUAUCUGCCUGAGCCACUUUGGAAAUAAAGUGUUAUUAAAGUAUGAGCUGAUUACCCUUUCAAGAAGCUGAUGCAGUUCCACAUGUUCAUAGGCAGUACACCUUCGCUGCUUCAGAUUGUUUUGGUUUAAUCUCAUAGCUCGCACUUUAAGGUAGCAUGGCUCUGCUGUUGCUGUACUUUACUUUAAUACUGAUAGUUUACAGCUAAUGAAUGUUACACAUCUUGCUAGAGAAGUUGAUCAUUGGAUAAUUGUUGGCUUGAAAAAAAAAGAAAAUACAACAUAUGACCUGGAAGGUGUUGGAAUAUGUAUUGUGAGUGUACUACUGUAUCCACUUAAACUUGAAUCUUGAGGCAAGUGCUAGGUAAUGGCCAUCUGCACACCUUGUCACUGAAACACAGCUCAUGCCAAGUGAUAGCUGGGGAUACCCAGAUACUUCAGUGCACACAGAUAACAGGGUUUUAAAGCUU